AAUAUUUGUUAUUUCUUUCCUUAAAGCAUCAGAAAUCACUUAAUCUGAUUUACUUUUAGUGAAUUUCAUGGAGACAGUUGAUUGGAAACCGUGUAUAAUAAAUUAAUAUUAUAAAGAUAUUCCAACAUAAGCAUUUUCUUAAGCAAUAACAAGUUAAGGUUGUGUUUUACCAAAAGAGAGUGUUCCAUUUUUAAAUGCAACCUUUACUCCUACUAGAGUUAUUCCAACUGUAGAUACAAGAAAGCAGACAAUUUCAAGUCCUGAUAAAACAUAUGCAGAAUUUGGAACAAUAGAUAUCGAUAAUAAUUUAUUAAAGUUUUAAGUUGAUUUUACAACAAUUUACUAAAAUAAGUUAGUUUAUGGUACAUUAUUUACCUAACCAUUAUCAAUGAAUUACUCUGUUUGGGUUCAUUAAAAUAAUAAAGUAAAAUAUUUAACUUAUAAAAAUAUAGACUAUUGCAUAUAAAUUGAAUGAAUGUCCAAAUAUGACAAUGGAACUUACAAUUACUUAAGUGGAUUUAGAAGGAUUCAAUGAAGCAUAAAAGAUGUAAAUUGUAAAUGCUAUGAACUCUAUAAAAUUCUUAAAUCCAAUGAUAAAUCAAUAUUACUCAGAUCAUUCCGAAACUUUUUGUUCAAAAUUAAAACUAUUUGUUAGUGAGAAGUUGAUCUCUAAUAAAAUAAGUUUUAAUAUGUUUGAAUUCUAUUAGUUUGAUGAUCCUAAUCCUAAAAUAAUAGAAUCUAUAGAGAAUAUAAUAUUCUAAGGACUUAAUUUUAAUGAUCAGAAUUAUGUUUAAGGAUUAAAUGUUGAGAUUUUUAACUAUAUCACAGAGAGUUCAAAACCUUUGGAUGUUCAUUAAAUUAAAUUAAAUACUUUUUCUUUUGGAAUAUCAAUGGAUCUCUUAAAAACAUACUUUGAUUAUGGAGCAGAGAAUGGAAUGUUCGAUGUUAUAAUAACAAAUAAUAAUUAUCCAAUUGAUGGUUUUUCUUAUAAAACAGGAGAUUUAAGAACAAUGAUUCCUUCAGCUUAUUAUUCAUUCAAAUUAAAUACAGAAUUAAUAGUUAAAUGCAAACUUAUAACUCAUAGUUUUUUAGGUUUGACUGAAUAGGCUGUAGUAAAUAAUAGUAUAUCAGUUUAAAUAGGACAUCAUUGUUAAGUGAUUACUUAAAAUAUAUUAAUAACCGGUUUUGAUAUUGAUGUAGAAAUGAAACUAGCAAUUAGAGAAUUCUCAGAAUAUAUAGAUUUUGUAAGGCAUAUAUUAUUAAUAAAUUAGUUCAUUAAGGAAUAUCAUUUAAUACUAUUGAAAUUCUAAGAGGAACCAAAUUAUGAUAUUUGGAGUUUAAAGAAUUUGGAAAGGUAAUGGAAAUAAUUAAAUUUUAAGUAUCAUUUAAAAUGGACUAGAGUAAAAUUUGAUUGGUAAAAAUGUUUAUGGAUCAGGAUGGUUAAAAAAUUAAUUAGGCCCAUAAAUCAGUUAUGGAUUUUCUACUCAGACAUUAGCAAUUUGGAAUGCUUAAUUGAUUUGAUUAUCUAUAUUAUCAAUUUAAAAAAAUCGUCCCAC